UUAAAUAGAUAGGAUAACUUGUGCCAUUCCUCGAACUGUCGAGCAAACGAAAGGAGUGUUAUUUAAAAAAAAAAAAAAAAAAAAAAAAGUAAUGUUAUUGCUAGACUCGUAAAGGCUGGGAGGCUGAACCGUCUCUUCUCUUUCCGGCGCGUUUACGAUUCAUUCAGUCUGCUCUUGCUAGGCAAUAAUUUGUAACGUUUGGAAAAAGCCACCCGAGAUAUUUCACCAUACGCAACAUGUCGGGAAAUUCAGUUGUAAGACCAUUAUUAAGGUAAGACCUUUGUAAGACCAUUAUUGUAUUAUUAUUUGUAAAUAAUUCUGUCAGUGAAAAUUCCUUCUAAUUCGAUCUUUGACUCAAUACGCCAUAAUUAGUCAUUUUCACAAAUAAAUCGUCCUCGGUAACAUACCGUGUGAUUAUGUGUAAUAGUAUUUCGAGAGGAAAGUUGUGUUUAAAAAAUUGUAUAUUAUAUUUGCUGAUCAUUUUUAUAGAAAAUUAUACCGAUGAAUUUGACUAACGGAAAAAGAGAAAAUAGGACCGAAGGCGCAAUGAAAGAUUGAAAGAUGAAGAUCAAAGAUGCCUUUCUUAUAGGCCUGUGGCCCUCUUAUUUCUUUAGGUUACUUUUGUUUUCAAAACACAUCGAAUAGGCUAAUAAAAAAAACACUCGUCGCAUAAGUAUGUGGAUACAUACAUAAACAUAAAUAUGCUAAAAUGCCUGUAGACACAAGACUCUGCAAAAAUUGCAUGAUAAAACUAUAGGAAAAGCUGCUUAAGAUAAAGGUCUUAAGCAUCGUUUAAGGGCAUUCUAGGUUAGUAAAUAAUAAUAGUACAGGAAACGCAAUGUUUAAAUGAAUUGAAAAUAAAUAAAUUAAUUAAUAAAUUAAUAGGUAAAUAAAUAAAUAAAUUAAUUAAUUAAUUAAUAAUAAUGAUAAUAAUAAUGAUAAUAAUAAUAGCGAGAAGAAGAAUAAAAAGUAGAAUGAGAAGAGGUUAUAGAAAUACGUCGUUUCUUAAAAUUUGUUUAUUGUUAUUUUAUUACAUGCAAUAACAUGUUACAAAAUCAUACAGAAUACGUAUGUACUGAGAUAAUUGUAACAUUCUCAUUCUUAUUGCAAUUUUUGUUUAUUAAAAUAAAUCAGGACUUGUUUUAAAGUGAAUCGGGCGAAGUUGAGGGUGGGUGGGUGUCGUUAGUAAUCAGUAAGCUAAUGGAGAAAAAAAUAAUAAAAGAAUACUAAAAGACUUAACUUCUACAUUGUAUUAUAUUAUCGAAAGCAAUUUACAGUCGCAGGCUAUAUUGCUCUUAAUGUUAUUGCCAUAUAAUGCGUUGUAAUUUUAAAAAAAAGAGAGAGAAAAUUUCUUAUGAAAGCCACAAUUUAGUUUUGUUAAACAUCAUUUACAUAGACAAGAAACGACGGUCAACUGCCUAUUUAAUGGCUUUUCCAAAAAAAAAGACGUAGCUUGUGUAUUACGUUGUGUAGUGAGCUGGGGCAAGGGCGGGGCCGGACGCCGUUUGUUUGCAUAUCACGUGACUGUGAAUUAACAAAUCAACAAUUACUGACUUUUAUUCUUUUAGGGGUAAAAUAAAAUCGCUUGUAAGAAUUGUGUGGGUGAGCUCCUCAGAAAUGUGUGAGCACAAUUUUCUUAGUUCUGGCUAUGUUAGUCCUAUGUUGAAUUAUCCAACUGCGGAUUCGUUGACUUUCUCCAACUGGCCCAAUGGCGCCCAUCCGUCCGGACUCGCGCAGCUCUACAGCAGGAGAGAGGUGUGUUCACUCCCGUGGACUUCCCCAAGUUCGUGCACAAAUCCGCCACAGAGCCUCGCCUUUAGUGGCUAUUCUCAACCGUUUAUUACUAACUCAGUGGCUGUGACUGGCCAUAGCAAAGGAGGCUCCUGUAAAUACCACGUCCAAGAUGCAAACCACAAAUCAGAGUUACCGGACAAACACACGACAGCGUUUACCGGUGAGCAUGGGAUAACAGCAACUGCCAGCUUUAGCAAAUGUGACUUUUCAGACUUGGACAAACGGUUGCAAAACACGGUGGCACAGGCUGGGGUGAAUUCCAACAACCAUGCGAUAAUCGAUGGCACUGUACAGCUUGCACAGUCCACUGUCCCAGUACAGCCCACAUCGAGUUCUCAGAACACCAGUGCAGACGGGUUCCCUUGGUGUCCUGUACAAGUGAGAGUCAGAAAGAAGAGGAAACCUUACACAAAGCCACAGCUGGCUGAACUUGAGAAUGAAUUUGUGAUCAACGAAUUCAUAAACCGACAGAAACGGAAAGAGCUGUCAGAUAGACUGGACUUGAGUGAUCAACAAGUAAAAAUCUGGUUUCAAAACCGGAGAAUGAAAAAGAAGCGUUUAUUAAUGCGCGAGCAUGUUUUCUCAGUGCACUGAAGAAAAAUCAGUGUUUCUCUUAAUGGUGACCACAGUGUUGCUCCUCACCUUGGCAAUGAUUUCCAAAGUGAUUUAAGAAGUUUAAUACACCUGUAUUUUUACGAUACCAUUGUAAGGAUACGAAGAAAUAUUGUAAUAUUUAUUUACGGCAGAUACUGGUCUAGCUGAUCACGAGAACAUAUGUCAAAUUAGUCCCCACCAUAAUAACAUUUUUUGACGUAAUCGGCAGUAGAAAAAAUUACAGGACGCCAUGCAUUAAAAGUAAAAUUAAAAUGCAACUUUGCUGUAAUGUCAUGGAAUCUUUUGUGUUUUUUUUCUUCAUCUAUCCAAAGAUUCUGCCUAUUUAAAUUGUAAUGUAAGCUGUCCCACUUCAUUGUAAACUCACGAAAUACGUGUGUAUUUUGAGUUUUUCGUGCGUCCUGUGUGUGUGUGUGUGUUUGUGUGCGUGCGUGCGUGCGUGUAUGCGCACGCUUGUGUGUGUGUGUUUUAAACUAACCCUGUUUUCUAAUGAAAAUCCUUGAUCUGGAAAGAGAGCGUCAGCCUGGCGAGUACAAGCUCAAGUUUGUAAAUAAACAAUCAGGUGAAUUCCAA